CUGCGCGGAGGCCUACCGCAGUGCAUGCUGGGAGGCCCCUCUUCCUUUUCCGCCUUCCCGGCGGUGACUGUGCACAUAUAAGGCCGGCAGGGAGAAGGAGAGAAGGCGCUGCUGCUGCUGCCUCGUCUCUCUCUGCGUCGGGAUGGUCGGGGUGAAGGCGGUCGCCAAUGACGCGGACUUCCAGGGCGAGCUCAGCGCCGCGGGGUCCCGGCUGGUGGUGGCCAAGUUCACCAUGAGAGGAUGUGGCCCAUGUUUAAGGAUAUCUCCUGCCUUCAAUGCUCUGAGCAAUAAAUACCCACAAGCAACAUUUCUGGAAGUUGAUGUACAUCAAUGCCAGGGAACAGCUGCAACCAAUAAUAUUUCAGCAACCCCAACGUUUCUUUUCUUCCGGAACAAAGUGCGAAUUGACCAGUAUCAAGGUGCUGAUGCUGUGGGAUUAGAAGAAAAAAUCAAGCAGCACCUAGAAAAUGAUCCUGGAAACAAUGAGGACACAGAUAUUCCAAAAGGAUAUAUGGACUUGAUGCCAUUUAUUAAUAAAGCUGGCUGUGAAUGCCUUAAUGAAAGUGAUGAACACGGGUUUGAAAACUGUUUACGUAAAGACUCUACCUAUUUGGAAUCGGAUUGUGAUGAGCAGCUGCUCAUUACGGUAGCUUUUAAUCAGCCUGUCAAGCUGUAUUCUAUUAAAUUUCAAGGACCCGAUAAUGGACAAGGUCCAAAGUAUGUAAAAAUGUUUAUCAACCUUCCUCGAUCAAUGGAUUUUGAAGAAGCAGAAAGAAGUGAACCCACUCAGGCUCUGGAACUAACAUCAGAUGACAUUAAAGAAGACAGCAUUGUCCAGCUCCGCUAUGUAAAGUUUCAGAAUGUUAACAGCGUAACUUUAUUUGUUCAAUCCAAUCAAGGUGAUGAAGAAACAACAAGAAUUUCAUAUUUCACAUUUAUUGGAACACCAGUCCAAGCAACAAACAUGAACGAUUUUAAGCGGCAUUUCCCUGGCCCAAAGAAAUAAAAUGCAGAAGAUUUAUGUCUUUAAAUGACCCUUGCCCACACCACCCUUUUCUCCUUGCUUCCUCUCUUCACCUAACGUCUGCUUUCUCCUUACCACAUUUCCACUGCUUUUGAUGCCAUCACUUCCUCUCUGCACUUCUGGGACAACUUUCCUGGCUCUCUUGGUUUUAUUAUGGACUCAUCUUUGCUUUAAUAUACCAUGUUCAAGUUCUUAUUUUUGUACAUCCUUCUUUUUCCUCUUUUUCAUGUGUAUCACUCUGCAGCUAGAUGUGUCAAGGUUUAACUGGUAUUAAAACCCAAUUGUCAUUGGA